AUUCCUUGGCGUGCUCAAGUCAUAUAAUUUCUUUCUCCUCCUCAAAAUAUAUUCAAGGAAAGGAAGAAAACAUUUGUAAGAACAUCUUGGUAUAGAAGAAGAAGAAACCAUGGAGGAGACAUUUGUGCCGUUUCGCGGCAUUAAAAAUGAUCUUAGAGGAAGAUUGAUGUGUUACAAGCAAGAUUGGACCGGUGGAUUCAGAGCAGGAUUCAGGAUUCUGGCUCCCACCACAUAUAUUUUCUUUGCUUCCGCAAUUCCAGUCAUUUCAUUUGGCGAACAACUUGAGAGAAAUACAGAUGGAGUUCUGACUGCUGUUCAGACCUUGGCAUCCACGGCCCUCUGCGGGAUCAUUCACUCCAUCAUUGGAGGUCAGCCUCUUUUGAUUUUAGGAGUAGCAGAGCCGACAGUCAUUAUGUACACAUUCAUGUUUAACUUUGCUAAGGAAAGAUCAGAUUUGGGUCGGAACCUCUUCCUUGCCUGGACAGCAUGGGUCUGUGUAUGGACUGCAUUCCUGUUGUUCUUACUUGCUAUCUUGGGAGCUUGCUCUAUAAUCAACAGAUUUACCCGAGUUGCGGGAGAACUGUUUGGUCUGCUUAUUGCCAUGCUCUUCAUGCAACAAGCUAUCAAAGGCCUUGUGGAUGAGUUCCGCAUCCCUCAACGUGAAAACCGAAAUUUGACAGAAUUUCUACCUUCAUGGAGGUUUGCCAAUGGCAUGUUUGCUCUAGUUCUGUCAUUUGGACUUCUGUUCACUGCUUUGAAAAGCAGGAAAGCAAGGUCAUGGCGGUAUGGUUGCGGUUGGCUUAGGAGCUUUAUAGCAGACUAUGGGGUGCCAUUUAUGGUUCUGGUGUGGACAGCUGUGUCCUACAUUCCGUCUGGAAGUGUUCCGAAUGGAAUCCCCCGCCGCCUCUUCAGCCCAAGUCCGUGGUCGCCUGGCGGCUAUGAGAAUUGGACAGUUGUUAAGGAGAUGCUAAAUGUUCCGGUCGUGUACAUAAUCGGAGCCUUCAUCCCGGCAACAAUGAUAGCAGUGCUUUAUUACUUUGACCAUAGUGUAGCAUCCCAGCUUGCUCAGCAGAAAGAGUUCAAUUUGAGAAAACCAUCUUCUUACCAUUAUGACUUGCUCCUUCUGGGGUUCUUGACACUGUUAUGUGGCCUUAUUGGAAUCCCUCCUUCCAAUGGAGUCAUCCCACAAUCUCCUAUGCACACCAAAAGCCUGGCCACAUUAAAACACCAGGUAUUUCAAUCUUCAGAGACCUUAACAUCAAACUUUUAAUUUGUUUAAAGGUUUGUCUAACCUAUACUCUAAAAGCAAAUGUUAACACUUAUUAAUUAUGGUAU